GCUUGUCGGGUUGGAGCUAUCCACCCGCACGAUCUAAAGUCAGGCCUUGCAUUUGGUGCACUUCCAUGGCGUCCGGGUCCGCGCAGGCUCCGAUGUACCAGCCCGGCUACGGCCAACAACCUGCAUGGGAUCAGCAGCAGUAUGCUGGUCAGCAGCAGUAUGCUGGUCAGCAGCAGUAUGCUGGUCAGCAGCAGUAUGCUGGGCACCUAGCACCGGUCAGCCCAGCAGUACAAUCCCCAGUAUGGCGCCCAAAGCUAUCAGGGCUAUCCGCAGGCGCAGGUGGAGAUGACUGGGACCAUGGACGACAAGCAGCGGAAAAAAGAGCAGAAGCUGGCGGAAGCGCAAGCGCGGUGCGAGCGGGUGCGCAAGCAGCAGAAGAUCCAGGACAAGAAGGACUCGCAAAACCUGUUGAUCCUAAUGGCCUUCAGCACCAUUGGCCUUGGCUCCCUCUUGGGCAUGACCAUCGUGGGGCCAUCCUGGGGCUCUAAGGAGUUCACCGGGCUCGGUGUUGGCAUGGUGUACAUGCGAACCUCCCUCUUCAAGCUGGAUCUCCACAUCUCCUGUGACAAGUCUCUGAUCUUGGAGCAGAAAGCCUGCGAGAAACUUGUGGCGAAGCACUUCGAGGGGGAGUUCGACCUGCACGCGGCACAGGGCAACGCGUGCUCUUUGAACCCCUCAGCCUGCGAUGUGCUCUCGCGCACCUACUUGGCAAGCUUCCCCUUGUUCCUGGCCAUCGGCCUGGCGGUGCUCUCCAGCUUCGCGGGCGCCUUCUGCCUGUUCACCUACUCGAAGGCUGAGGCGGACCCGGCGCUACGCAGCUGGUCCGUGGUCUUCAUUCUGGCCACCCCGGCCAUAGCGACAGGCGGCAUCGUGGCCUGGGCGAUCCUGAUGCCGGACCUGGGGGAGAUCCCCACAUCUUGGACGAUGCUGGUCGGAAGCCUGGCGCCUGGCCUCACGCACUCUGAGACGCGUGACUUUCAGUUCGGUUGGACCUUCUUUGCGGCCUGCCUCAUCGACUUUGCCAUGAUGAUCCUAGGAAUGAUCUUCAUCUGCAUGUUCAAAGCCUCUGACGAUGAGGAGACUGUGGCUCUUCAGAAAGAGAAAGACCGAGCUUUCGCUGAUGCGCUGGAAGAGCAGCGGGAUAACAGGAUGCCUGAUGACUACGGAUCCCUCGAUGCGGGCAAGCAGGCCUAAUGCUGCUGGGCUGCUGGGCUGCUGGCGGUGGAGAAGAGCCUUUUCGGUUGCGGCCAU